AUGGGAACGGCGUGCCGCAGCGGCCGACCACUCUUUCUUUCCUACCUCGAGGGCGAUUUCUGGGAGCCAAAGGGCAUGCAGCGGGGAGAUGUUGUGGAACUUUUGGAGCUUGUGAUUGAUAAUCUACCAACAUUGCCUGGACAGUUCUUGUGUGCUUUUACUGCUUUGGACAAGACUUUAAUAACAAAUGCAACCCGGAAGUCUUAUGGAGUGAACUGUACAACACCACGCACUGACUUACUGCCGUCCAUACCCCCAGGCCAACAUCACUUCACUGCCAAAUUAUCUGUUCGCAUGACAUCAGGACCUGAUUUUGUUGCAACAAACUUCACGUUUUUUGAUUGCAACACAUACAGUUCAUGUACACAGUGUGUGUCUUCCUCAUUUCCUUGUGACUGGUGUGUAGAUGGCCAUCGCUGUACCCAUGACACUGCUGAAAAUUGUCGGAAUGAUAUCUUAGUGACUGGAAUAAGUAGAGUUGGACCAAGCUACCGUAGUGGUCCAGGGUUCUGUCCUACAAUCAAUGCGACUGGUGGAUCAACAGAAAUUUUAGUAUCUUCAGGAAUCAAAAAGAGCAUCAAGGUCAAAGUUCAUAUUAUUGGGCAAUUCAUUGUGCAAACUCGCUUUGUAUGCCAGUUCAAUAUUGAAGGUAGAGUUACUAGUGUCAAUGCACAGUUACUGGGAGACACAAUAUAUUGUGACUCAAUGGAAUUUUCCUACACAUCUCGAGCUCCCAAUAUCACUGCUACUUUCGCAGUAAUUUGGGGUGGUUCAAAACCUUUGGAUAAUCCUGACAAUAUUCAUGUGGUUAUAUAUCGAUGUCGUGAUAUGGCUGAUAACUGUGGCAUGUGCCUUGCACUUGCGGAAAAGUAUGGUUGUGGAUGGUGUCAAGUGUCAGAUCGCUGUGAAGUGAAAGAACAGUGUGAUGGUGCAGGAGUGUGGCUGAAUCGUAACCAGACAUGUCCCAAUCCAGAAGUUACAGCUUUUGAACCACAAUUAGGUCCUUGGGAAGGUGGCACAAAUAUCACUAUUCACGGCAUUAACUUAGGAAAAACUUACAAUGAUAUUUAUGGUGGAGUGAGUGUAGCAGGAAUUCAGUGUGAACCAUAUGAUUCACUUUAUAUUAAAACAAAGCAAAUUGUGUGUCGUGUGGAUGGUCCUGGAACAAAUGAACCUCGACGUGGCCCAGUAAUUGUACGUGUGGAAGAUUUCCGUGGAGAAUCCAAGCACAAUUAUGAAUUUGUUGACCCAGUGAUAGAAUCUAUUUCACCCAAAUUUGGCCCUCGAUCUGGAGGAACUCGACUGAGGAUAUCUGGAAAAUACAUGAAUGCUGGCAGCCGCAUCCUUGCUUUUAUCGAUGAUCUGCCUUGUGAGAUUAUUGAAACUAAGGCAGAGGAAGCUUUGUGUAUAACUAGUGCUUCUGACAGGCAGAGAAGUGGCAAACUACGCAUGAAAUUUGAUAAAGGUGAUAGAGUAUUUGACAAAGAAUUAUUUGAGUAUGUGGAAGAUCCAACUAUCGAAUCAGCUGAAUCAGGAGUUGCAGGCCAGAUAAAAAUACCAAAAGGUAUUCCAGCUGGAGGAAUUAAGAUAUCUGUCUCUGGAAAAAACUUAGCAUACAUUCAAAAUCCACAGAUGUAUGUUUAUUUCAAACAGAAAAUGUUUGGAAGUCAAUGUGUUGUCCAGAGUAAUUCAAAUAUGGCAUGUGCAUCACCUGAGAUCGAAGUGAAAGGACCAAUAGAUGCUGAUGAUCCAUUAAAACUUGAAUACGGAUUCAGAAUGGAUAAUGUGUCAGGGGUCCAGAAUUUGUCAGCAAGAACUAAUACUCAUUUUCUAUUGUAUCCAAACCCCAUUUAUGAACCCUUUGAUGAGGAAAUUAAGUAUUACAAAAGCGACUAUUUAACUAUUAAUGGACAGCAUCUCGACCGUGCAUGCCAGGAAUCUGAUGUAGUUGUUCAAAUUGGAAAUUCAUUCUGUAAUGUCACUUCACUCUCUCGACAACAAUUGACAUGCAGACCUCCCACUGUUCAGCCUCCUGCAGUUGAUAAGGAUGGAAACAUUAACCCACAAGAAUUACCAGAAGUUGUGGUUGUUGUUGGUGGUAGACUGAGGUACAAAAUUGGUAAAUUGAGCUAUGCUUCUCCAACAGCUCCAAAUGGAUUAAUGUCAAAACCAGCCUUGAUUGGUGUUAUUGCUGGUAUUGUUCUAUUGGUUGUAGUUUUUGUAGCUUUUCUAAUAGCAUACAGACGAAAGUCAACUGAAAGCAAUAGAGUAUUGAAGAAUAUGCAAGAACAGAUGGAUAUUUUGGAACUUCGUGUAGCAGCUGAAUGCAAAGAAGCAUUUGCUGAACUGCAGACAGAAAUGACUGAUUUGACCGGAGAUCUCACAUCAGGAGGAAUACCAUUCUUGGAUUAUCGUACAUAUGCUAUGAAAAUUUUGUUUCCUAAUAUGGAUGAUCAUGCAGUUCUUCAAUGGGAGCGGCCUGAACUCCUUCGUAAAGAUAAGGGAUUACGUCUCUUUGGGCAACUAAUUAUGAACAAAACAUUCCUGCUUCUGUUUAUUCGUACUUUAGAAAGCAACCGCUACUUUUCUAUGAGAGACAGGGUAAAUGUUGCAUCAUUAAUCAUGGUAACUCUCCAAAGUAAAAUGGAGUACUGCACUGAUAUUCUGAAGACUCUCCUUGCCGAGCUCAUUGAGAAGUGUAUGGAGGGCAAGAGUCAUCCUAAGCUUCUGCUCAGGAGGACAGAAAGUGUGGCCGAAAAAAUGCUCUCGGCCUGGUUUACGUUCCUUCUCUAUAAGUUCCUGCGUGAGUGUGCUGGUGAACCACUGUUCAUGCUGUUUCGAGCCAUGAAACAGCAAGUGGACAAGGGACCUGUGGAUGCUAUCACUUCUGAAGCACGUUAUUCACUUAGUGAGGAAAAACUUAUUCGCCAGUCUAUUGACUUCAAACCAAUGACGGUGUAUGUUUCCAUAUCACAACAAGCUGUUUUUGUAAGUGGGCUGGAUCCCAAUACAGAAAAUGUGCCUGUAAAAGUGUUGGAUUGUGACACCAUUUCACAAGUCAAAGAAAAAGCUCUUGACACAAUCUACCGAGCCACACCAUAUAGUCAGAGACCUCGUAAAGAUGAUCUUGAUCUUGAGUGGCGAACAGGCACAUCAGGGCGCCUCAUUUUGUAUGAUGAAGAUAGCACUACUAAAACAGAAGGAGAAUGGAAGAAAAGAAAUACUUUGAACCAUUAUAGAGUACCAGAUGGGGCUUCGCUAAAUCUAGUCUCCAAGCAAUCGUCCAUAUAUAAUCUUUCUAUUUUGUCUGAGAAAACAGACAAAUCUCACAAGUAUGAGACUCUCAACUUGUCCAAAUUCAGUUCUGCAAGUCCACCUCUUAGCCGCGCCACAUCCCCACUCAAUCAUGACCACGAUGGUGGUUUGAAGAGUUGGCAUCUAGUGAAACAUCAUGAUACAGAUGCACAGAAAGAAGGAGAGCGAGGAAACAAGAUGGUGUCUGAGAUUUAUCUCACACGAUUAUUGGCCACUAAGGGCACCCUCCAAAAAUUUGUGGAUGAUCUCUUUGAGACAAUCUUCAGCACAGCUCAUCGAGGUAGUGCUUUGCCCCUUGCCAUAAAAUAUAUGUUCGACUUCCUCGAUGACCAAGCAUUGCAGCAUGGUAAAGAUUCUCCAAGUUCAAAACUUCUGUAUGCAAAGGAUAUUCCAGUGUACAAAGAAUGGGUAGAACGGUACUACUCAGACAUCAAAAUGAUGUCAGCUAUUUCAGACCAAGAUAUGAAUGCAAUGUUGGCGGAAGAAUCUCGGAACUCUGUGGCCAGCCAAAAGCUGAGGGAUCAGUCACUGGAAGCUCGAGUCAGCACAGAGCCAGUGCCAAUGGCUAUAUGUAUAUGCCAGGAUCAUUUACACACAUCGGAAUUUAACACAAAUUGCGCACUUCAUGAGCUUUACACAUAUGCAGUGAAGUACAAUGAACAAUUGACUGUGACAUUGGAAGAAGAUGAGUUUUCUCAGAAGCAAAGACUGGCAUACAAACUGGAACAAGUGCACAACAUCAUGGCUGCUGAAUCGAAUCCGUGAUGGCGGUCGGCCGGGCCAGAUUCAAACUCGACAUUUGAGGUCCGGUGUUGAGAUACCAAUAUGCCAUGCAGUGCAGGCGAAUGGAUGUAUGUAUGCAUAUGUGUGCAUGUAUGUGAUGUGAUACUAUCACAGUGUUACGGGACGAGUGGAUUGCGUCCUGAAUUGCGACCUCUCGCCACCCGGGAUAGAUCCAUCCAAAUGAAUGAGUUUAGAGUGACUGGACUGUAGACUGAAAGUGUGGGGCUGAUCCGGGGGAGGGGGUUCAUACCCCCAUAACAUUUGUUCUUUGCUCAAUGACCGGUCGGUACCAGAGUUGUGAUGCUUGGACAUUGUCACUUGGUUGGUGUGGCAGGAUAUGCCGACAAGGAAAUGCAAUUUGGAACUUUUCCCUGAAGUGCCUCCGGUAGAAAUGAAAGUGUUUAAAGAAAUGGAAAAGCAAACCCCAGAAAUGCUCCAGUUACUGUAGUGUCAAAUGAGACUGUUGAGCAGGUGGAGAAUUGGAGACAUGGAGCUCAAUGGAGAACAAGUUCAAUUGACUGUGCAGUGCAAUUCAAGUAAUAAGAUAAUAAAAACUAUCAGUCAACAGUGUUAACUGUAUCAGAUGGUAAAACGAUGCAAAUUCUUCACCAAUUUGUUCAUCAACUUAGACACACAAUUUUCCGGUUGCUUGGUUUUCUUCUGCGCAGUGAUUUGAUACCAUUCUAUUUUGUUCCUUCUUUGAAAGUGAAUGUUGAUGAUUUGAAUGUCUUCCAUGUUCCCUUCUUGCACCACGUUUCCACGCCGAACCAGCACAGGAUGCUUAUAAUGUGUAAAUUUGUACAGUUUUACCCAGGGGAUCCCCAACAUCCAAUUUGCUGCUCGGAACUUUUGGACUUCUAGGUACCACUGUGGGUGCCAGAAGGCCUUCCUCUCUGUCUGCCUGUAUUUGUGGCUGAUCUGUGUGUCGGAGUGGCGUGAGGAUAAUCUUACCGACAACUGUUUUUUAAACGAGGACCAAGCAAUCGAUCUCUCUGUGUGAUUCCCUGACAAACCGUGCAAGCUGGCACGCUCAAGUCGUGGGUUUCACCUCGUUUGAUUGGUGUAAACUCUCGAUUUACGCUUCGUACUGAAAACAAUCGAAUGUAAGGGUGUGUCAAAACUCAGGAAAAUUCUGUCACGAGUUUCCAGGAAAGCCACACAACUGAAGUAAAUCUAUCUAAGACUGGAUCUUUCUUGAAUGUGAUGGACUUCAAGUGUGGCAUCUGCCAAGGGAGGCCAUCUUGUUCGGUGCUGAAAUGCAUGAUGAGGAGUUGUAAUGUGGAUAUAAAUAUUUUCUUUGAACCUUAGUUGUUGGAUGUCAUGAAUGUCCUGUAUGAGCUUUUAUAAAUCCUUUGAACAAUGUUGGUCUCCCUUACAUCAUCACAUUAUUAUUGUUUUAUUGUUUUACUGUAUGGAUAUGCUCAGUGUUUGGUCACAAUAAUGGAAAGCAAUUUUUCAUGCAAAUGUCUUUUU